CGCCCAGUGGCUACAGUGAGUACUAAAACAAUCAGCUGUGGUUGCCGCCAGUUUGUAUAUGAUACCCGCCAAAGUGAACGUGUAACCUCAAGUGUCACUGGUUAUCCAUGAAGGCAAUAUAAGCAGCCUUUCUCAGCAACGAAGGGAAGAAAUUCAUCACUUGAGACAAAAUGCAGAUUGACACAGAGCCAGCCAGCCCCAGUGGACCGCCUCCACGGGUUCCAUCCCCUAUGAUCAUGGUAACCGAUCAAGACGCCGCCUCUAGUUCUUCAGCUUCCUCUGCCGCCUCCGCCGCCGCCGCCUCCACUACCGCCUCCGGAACUACCACCUCCGGAACCACCUCUCAACUCACCCUCACACCCACAAGGGAACGCAAGAAGUCACCGGCCACAGGGGUAGCUCCUAGACAAAGGAAGAGGUCACAACCUGUAAGGGGUGAACUUCUACCAGAUCCGGACAAGCUAUUGAGCUACAAACACCACGACAAGAAGGAAGACGACCUGGAGGACCCGACGUUUCCCGGGGGACUUCCUAAACCUCCUCCAGAGCCGCGGGCCCCGGGACAACCAGCUGAGAGGAAACGGUCCAACGUCACUUUCUGCCCAGUCGUCGAGACCAUCGAGAAGUGAUACAAAGGAAACUGUGUGUUUCCAGUGAUAGGUUUUCUGGUGUCAGGUUUGGCAUGCGUCGACUGCAGAGAAGUUAUAAAAAUAUAGUUGAGAUGUGCCACCGACGGAGCGUGAUGGUGUGAAUUGAUAUAGAAUACACAAGUUUUUUACCAAACAAAGCUAACACGACGGCUUAAGCAGGAAACCCACAGACUCCCGCACUAGUGCGACGCUCUCCGACACCACACCUUUCGACAAGUCUCUGACACCUUCCGACAAAAUUACUUUGCAUGGCUUUAAAUGGACUGUAACCCACUAGUCCGACGCUCUCCGAUCCGACACCUUCCGACGACAUUGCUCUCUGGGACAUUGCUGUCGGACGUCGGAUCCGUCAUUACUCCACUCUGCGUGCACCAGGCCUAGAUUAGUCACUGUCUAGUGUUGUGUGUGACAUGAGUAUUGACGAACGUUUGAUCGAAGUGGUUUCGGAAUAUCGCUUUCUUUAUACAGUAGGUUAUAAAAGCUGCUUGAACAUAUUCAGAUGCUCUGACCAAUAUUAUUACAUUAUUUUAGAAAAAGAUUAUGCAAACAGAAUCAUCGGAUGGACAGAUAAUGACCUCAAUUCACAAAAAGCCUAAAAUAUCUAGUUUUUCGUCGGUUACUGCCGGAGCCCGUCGGACCAUUAUUGCUAGAGAGACUUGUUGUUGGAAGGUGUCGGAGAGUGUCAGACUAGUGGGUUUCCUGCUUAAGUACACUGUAGCAUAUUAUUUUAUGUCUUAUCUACUAUAGCAGUAAUGAUAAAUAAGUACACCUUUUGAGCGACUUACUCAACUAUGUAUAAAUACAAAAUUAAAUACAUCAGGUCUAUAUACUUGAAAUAUCUACUUGAUUAUACACGCGUCAAUAGUACAAUUGUGAAGUAGACAUCUCAAUGUAUUUUUAAAGUUGAAGCUUCCAUUAUAUUGGAAAUUAAUUGAUUCAUUGAUAAAGUGAUCUGAUGUAUUAUUUUUUCGAAUAAGUGUUUAUCAAACCAAACCAAAAGGACAAUUUACUGUAAACUAUUGUUAAACUCAUUGUUGUAUUUAAGUUGUUGCAUUUUACUCUUUAGAACUAAAGUAUGUUAAUAAUAGUUUUGAUCAAAAUAAUUUAAUAUUUCAUUUAAUGUGUUAGCAAGAAAGUACAGUGAUGCAUGUUUAUCCAGUGCAUUAAAUGAAUAAGGAAGUUUUCCAGGAAUGAUUUUAAAUUUUAAGUAUUAAUUUAUGGGUAAAUACUCUUUUAUGUAAAUAGUAAAUGAUUAUGAAAUUUUUGGUAAUUCAUAUACGUACAUUAUUAUAAAACCCUUUAGGCUACCAUGUGCUAUUUGAACAAACUAUAUGCUUUAAGUUAAAUGUACAAAUAUGUAAAUACUAAUAAAUUGUAUUUGAUAUUUUUAA